AUGAAGAUCUCAUACUUUUUCGUAGCAUCGCUAAGCUACGUAUCGGUGGCUCGAGCCUCUCAGUCAUUCGAGGAAAGAUGCACAGACUUCAGAGACUCGAUUAACAGCCUCCCCAAUGUGCAGGCUACGAUCGUGGAGUAUGUCGCGGGGUCGCAGAACGUUUCGCUGCCGGACAAUGACCCUUCCUGUAACCAGAGCUCGCAAUUCGUGACAGCGGAUAUUUGUCGAGCGGCCAUGGUGGUCAAGACAUCGAAUUCGAGUCAGAUUGUCAUGGAAGCAUGGUUUCCGCGCAACUAUACGGGUCGGUUCCUCGCUACUGGGAAUGGUGGUUUCGGCGGCUGUAUACGUUACCCAGAGCUUGACUACACAACGCGUCUGGGAUUCGCUGCGGUCGCGACCAACAACGGCCAUAAUGGCACGUCUGCGGAGGCCUUUCUCAACAGUCCCGAAGUCCUUAGGGAUUUCGCCGAUCGGUCUAUUCAUACAGCCGCGAAGGUUGGCAAAGAACUCACUAAGCGCUUCUACGCAGAAGGGUUCCGGAAAUCCUACUAUCUGGGCUGCUCCACGGGUGGCCGUCAAGGAUUCAAGUCUGUCCAACAGUAUCCCCAUGACUUUGACGGUGUCGUGGCCGGUGCCCCAGCUGUUCAUGAAGUGAACCUGAUCUCAUGGGCCGGACACAUCUAUGAGAUAACCGGAAACAAAUCCGAGGAAACAUACCUCCCUCCCGCGCUGUGGAACAUCGUGCACAGCGAGGUGAUGAGGCAGUGCGAUGGACUGGACGGGGCGCAAGACAACCUCAUCGAGGACCCAGAUCUUUGCCAUCCGACUUUCGAGAACAUCAUGUGUCCAUCCGACAACAAGAGCAACAACGGGAGCCUUUCCUGCAUCACCGAGGCACAAGCAAAUACGGUGAUCCAGCUCAUGUCUCCUUAUUACAACACCGACGGCUCUAUGCUCUUUCCGGGGAUGCAGCCCGGAUCUGAGACGGUGUCAUCGGCGCUGCUAUACACCGGCGUACCUACCCCUUAUGCUAAGGAGUGGUUCAGAUAUGUCGUCUACAACGACACCAACUGGGAUCCCACGACAUUCAACAUCAAAGACGCCCAGGCGGCUCUGAAGCAAAACCCGUUCAACAUCCAGACGUGGGAGGGUGAUCUUUCCAGAUUCCAGAACGCCGGAGGGAAGAUCAUCACCUAUCAUGGGAUGCAGGACUUCUUGGUCAGCUCCUUCAACUCCCGCGAAUACUACAAGCAUGUCCACGAGACGAUGGGGUUGGCCCCAGACCAGCUGGACGAGUUUUAUCGGUACUUCCGGAUCUCCGGCAUGGCGCAUUGCUAUUAUGGGGACGGCGCCAGCUAUAUCGGAGGCUCGGCUCCCUCGGCCUACAGUGACGACCCAGAGGAUAACGUCCUCAUGGCUAUGGUGGAGUGGGUUGAGAAGGGAAUUGCGCCAGAAUUUAUUCGGGGCACCAAGCUUGAUCAGGAUGGCCAUCCUCAGUAUACUCGCAAGCACUGUCGGUAUCCGCGGAGAAAUGUUUACAGGGGGCCGGGUUCGUAUCUUGACGAGAAUGCCUGGGAGUGUGUUCUUUAA